GGACAUCGUGCAUCAAGUUGUGAACAUACCGAUCGACAACUGAUUUUGAUUAAAAAGAAAGGAAGACCAGCAACACAGUGCUUGAAAUGCAGAGAACUUCGAAUCGUGCGGCAACUUCAUAGACGAUGUGAAUGUUUAGUAAAGAAUAAUGAUAUCAACAAAAUAGAAGCCAGCAUAAAAAGUAACGAUGCCAACAUAAAAUCACAAGGUAGAACCUUUAAUUAA